CCGCGGCACCGUGCUGUCCCGUUACCCGCUCUCAGCGCCCAGUCUGCGGGGUAAAACAGCUCUGCAGCCCCGCUAUGGCACCAUAACACCUGGAACAAAGUCUGCAGCCGCUCGUUGAAGUGGUGAUGCUUCUGGUCUCUGCACCAAUCAGCAUCAAGCAUUUCAAGAGGAAGUAUCUGCAUUUGAGGAAGACUCCCCAACAUGACAUGGAGACCCCAACUUCAGUGUCCAAAACAAAGAUGGCAUCGCCUUCAACCCCUCAGCCCCCCCCUCCACCUGUUUCAAACCAUUCAAAUAUUUUAGAGGCCUUUAAAACUCCUGAAAACGCUAUGAAAACACAACUUUCACCAGUCCAAUGUGCACCCCACGACAUUAACAAUAUGGAAGGCGCUUUGCAAUCUAGUAUAGUUAAAAAUGCCGCCAUGUUGCCUUCAGUGCCCCAAAAUGACAAAAUAUCUCCCACAUGUUUACCUGACAUAUCCAAGGACUACAACAUAUCGCCUAUAGUUGCUAAAAAAUCUGCUUUAUUAGACAGAAAUGCUUUGGAGAUGCCCUCAGUAACCACGAAUAAUUUGGAAAUUUCUACACUGAAAGGAUUUGACAUGGCUUCUUCAAAUGAAAUUGAAACUAGAUUAUCACCGCAAAGUGACUUAAAUUCUGUGUCAGAGGCUAAAAAUGCAAUGGGAGUGGUCCUAACAUGUCACGAUAGACUAGAAACGGCACUGACACCAAGAAAUAUCAUUGAGUACAAGUCUAUGGACAAUAUCGAAAGCAAAAACAUGGACAGUUUAACAAAGCAAGUUUCUGAGACUGGUUUAACUAUGAUGUCCAAAAGCAAUAUGGUUUCCUCAGCUUCACUGCCCGAAAAUGUGAGGAGUAAGCCUACAGUGUUAGCCAAUCAAAACGAUACAGAAUUUAUUUCAACUGCUGGACAAUUGGACUCCUUAAAUGGAACGCAGUCAUCUUUAUCGCCAAAUUGUGAACACAUUUUAAUUUGUUCAACAAAUCAGAGUGGUCUUAGAAAUAGUAUAAAUAUGAAAAAUGGUAGUAAGUUUUCAUUAAUGCCUAAAAACAACAUGGACGCUGCUUCUUUGGUCUCUCAAGAAAUAAAAAAUGAAGAGUUGACUACUGAUUUUAACUCAAAAUUAUCGUUGAUGGAUAAAAAUGUCUCAGAGGGUAUUAAAAGUAUAGGAGAAACCACUGAUAAACCCAAUCAUUUGGAUUUGCCACUAAACAAUAUGGAUGCAUUUUCUUCAAGGGCUAAAACCAAAAUUGAAACAAGAGCAAAGUCCACUUCAAAAUCUCCAUUAGUUGAGAAAACUAUCAAAUCGCCGACUAAAAUAAAUACCAGCGCGUCCCAAAGCAGGAGUAAAAGUGAUUUAAUGUCUAAAAGAGUUUCAGAAUCUCCAACAAAACCCAAAAUUAUUUCAAAAUCCCCCUCACGUGACAAAAUGGACAAAAAGCUGUUUAGAUAUACGAUUGCUGGGUUGUCUGGACCAGGAGCACUUCAAAUCAAAAUGGCAGAUGAGGCUUUAAUGCCCAAAAGUACUAUGGCAUUACCUUCAAAACCUAAAGCAAUUACAAAAUCUCCGUCAACGGACAAAAUGCCAUUAAGAUCAACUAGUGACAUGUCUUCAGUGCCUCAAUACAAGAUGGCGACUGAAUCUUCAAUGGCCAAAACAAAUCUAGCAACCCCAUCCAAACGCAAGACCGUUUCGAGAUGUUCUUCAGUUGAUAAAAGUCCUGUCAAAAAUCCAAGUGAACUGUCUCCAGUGCCCCAAAACAAGAUGCAGGACAGUGCUUUUUUGCCCAAAACCAAUAUGGCAACUCCACCAAACACCAGGACUAUCUCAAGAACUCCUUCCACUGACAAAAUGGAUGUAAUCACAAACAAAAAUGCUAGUGAAUUAUCUGUAACGCCCCAAAACAAGAUGGCGGAUGCAUGUUUAGUGCCUCAACCCAUUACAACAUCUCCAACAAAACCCAAAGCUAGUUCAAAAUCUGACAAAACUGUCUCUAAAAAGAUAUUGAGGAAGGAGUCGUCUUGUCCAUCUGAGCCUUCUCCAGUGUCAGUUUCUGACCAGCGGCAAUCUUUGAGACCUCCGUGGCGGGGCGGAGCUUGGACCCCCUCCCGAAGCCAGACCAGUCCCAGUCUGACCCAGUCCGGGUAUAUUCGGCGCAGUGAGAGUUCCAUGUCAGUCAACGCAGGGUUAAGGAGCAGAGCAGGUUUGAUUCGCCCAGCCACGUCUCUGCCUCACAUCCCCAAAGCUUCCUCCAGUUCUCGGCCUUGCCUCCUGGUGGCGCUGCGACCCACAAAUCUGCAGCAGGAGAAGAAUGAGUUCUUUCAGUCGGGUUUUAAAUACGAUCCGCAGUUUGAGUAUGAGGAGGCGGAGUUGUCUGCUGUACUGGAGAAGUACAGAGAGGGAUCAGACCUAUUCUUACAACAGGCCGUGGGGAUCAUGGAGUGUGUGUUGAGGAAGUACGGCUCUUAUGAAAGCUUUGAGGAGGCAACUGGAGGAGCCAUUUUACCCAAGAGCCAGGUGUGGGCAGCGGUGAGGAAGUACCUGCAGAAGGAGGGCUGCGUAGGAGAGGUUGUUGUCCGCCUGUCAGAUGAACUCCUGUCUCAGGCUGUGAUGGUGGUAGAAAACUGUCGUCCAACUUUGACCAUAAACCUCUCUGGGGCGCGACAGCACUGGCUCGAGGGAAUGCUCCGCCAUGAGAUCGGUACACAUUACCUGCGUGGAGUGAACAACAGCCUGCAGCCGUGGUCUUCCUCAGAGCAGCGUAAGGCUCUGGGUCUGAAAGGAGCUAACCCCACAGAGGAGGGCCUAGCCUCUCUACACAGUGUCCUGCUCCGGAAGCAGCCUUUCCUCUGGAGAGCAGCUCUACUUUACUACACCGUGCACCACGCCUCACACAUGAGCUUCAGUCAACUGUUCCACCACAUCCAGAGGUUUGUGAGCAGCCCCGAGGUGCGAUGGGAGUACUGCCUACGAGCCAAGAGAGGGCAGACCGACACCUCCAAGCCAGGCUGCUUCAGUAAAGACCAGGUUUAUCUGGACGGGAUUUUGAGGAUUCUGAGACAUCGAAGAAACAUCGACUUCCAACUGCUCACAGCUCUGGGAAAGGUGUCUUUCGAGGACGUGGAGAGGCUGCGUUCUCUGGCUGUUCUCUCUCGCACCAGAAUCCCUCACUUCAUGACCGACCCGGACAAAUAUCUGUCUCAUCUUGAUCACAUCCUCUACAUGAACGAGCUGAGUGACGAAGAGCUGGAGAGACUGCUACCCUGAAAAUGCUCGCGGUGCAAAGCAUAGUGAGCGCUAGAGAGAAUGCUGCUCUGAGACUGUGGGUACAACACUAACGACAACAACACAGGAGCAGCUCAGAGGUUCACAAUAAACAGAGAGAGGAGAGGUGUAUGGCUCAAUUCACAUUUAUAAGGAAUCAUUAUAUCAAUGCUACAGACAAUGCUGGCUACAGUUUUAGGUACACCCAAUUGGAGAAAUGGCUGACCAUCAGCAAUAGAAACCAUAUCAUAUUUCAGUAUUCAUGUUUUAAUGUUUUAAAUAUUUAAUUAUUCUAUUUUUAUAUAAUCAACUUUUAUUUAUACAUCUUUUAGUUUCCUGUCCGUUAAAGGUCCCGUGUCUGCUUUGUUUUAAUUUUUUUUCACGUGUUGAGCUUCUGAAUCUGAAUCUACUUACAAAGCAUUUUAUCCUCGUAUAAUGAGGAAUUGUGCAGUUAGCAUGCUAGUUAUUGCUAACUUUACCAUAAUGGUAAAUAAUGGUCUUUGAAAGUUGUGAAAUGCACUUAAAAUAAUAAAAAUAAUAUAAUAAUUAUGAUUCUCCAAAUGAAUGAGGUAAGUGAGGAAUCAUUUUAGACCACUACAAACCGUUUAAAUGAACUAGUUCUGUUUUUAAUGUUUUUCAAACAGUAAAAAUCAGGUACAGCUCCUUAAAGCAUACAAAGGCUUCACAAUGAGACAAUAAUGGAGUAUACAAUAACGAUAAUGUGUUCAAUAUUAUGAUAACAUUAUUAGGUUAUUUGAUUUUUAGUUCUAUCUGUUUUGUGUUUAAUUAUCUUGAGCCAUUACUUACACUUCAAUGAACACAUUUACAACACGUUUUAGCACAUGUCUGAUAUUAUGCAAAAAAAUGUGUUUUCACGAGAGUCACUACUCAUACAAAAUUGAGUAAAUGUACCUAAUAAGUGGCCAGUCAAUGUCUAAUAGAAUUUAUACCACUGAAGCAGCGAGGAUCCUCACCCACAAAGACUCUUAAGGACUAUAACCUUUUCUUACAUUUGCUCUGCAUUAGCCUGUAUUUAUUUAAGACAAACUUGAAUAUUGUGAGGAUAAUGGACCUGCAUGUACCUCAUUUAUAACACACUAUUCACAUUUAAUCAACACAAGCCACAGUUAGUAUUAAAUACACUUUGGGAGAGUUAAGCAGCUUUGAAAAUGGCAAUGAUGAAAAUAGUCCAUAGUUUAACCUGAGCUGGAGACAGGUCAGAAUCCUCAAAUGGAGUUUGCUGUGUAACUGUCAGAUUACAGAUGUGUUGACCUGUUUUAUGGUUAAUAUCUCUGUAUUUACUGGGCCUAUCCACAGUGUUAACAAUAAUUGACUACAAAGGUGAAAUAUUUUUCUUCACAGUAACAAAAAGAAGAAACAAAAGGAUUAUUCAACUGCAAAAUCGUGAAUGAUGUCAGUUCAAAGAAUCAGAGAUUUAUUCUGGCACAUUUGUGGACCUAAUGAUAUUUCCAGACCAGCAGCCUAAAAACCCUGGACUAGACCAAGAUUAGACCAGGACUAGAUUAGGACUAGACCAGGAUUUAAAGGAACUUUAUGUAGGUCUUAGUUUUAAAAAUGUACUACAAUCACAACUGAACCUGGGUUGCCAGAGACUGAGCCUGCAGAUAGAGACACAUACAAGUUUUUCUUACUCUCAGUUUAUGGACAGGCCUCACGUUAAAGCUCAGAACCUCCAGAAUUCACUCACUGAGCUGCAGAGGCUGCACUAGCACUGAUUCAUGAUUGGCUGCAGGUGCUGUAGUUUUAGGUAGUGACGAGAGAGUACUUUUAGGUUUCAAACGAGUUUGCUGUCAAUCACACUUUUGAAAUAUGAUUAAUCACAAUUAAUCUCAAUUUAUUCCACAAAUUUAAAUACAUUAUUCAAAAGUCCAACAGGCUAUAAUUUAAGUCUAGAAAUUGCAUUUCAUACUGAAUGUGCAUGAUCACAUGUUCCAGGUUAAUGUUUAGUUGGGUUAAAGGCCCUUCAUUGUCGCUUACGGGUAUUUAAUAUAAUAUGGUUCUUAUGGUGGCAGAUGUAAGCUGUUGGCCUGGCAUCUUCCGGUGUUCUGGUUCUGGUCCGCAGUGUCUUUGGUUUGUGCGGAGCAGAGCCAUGCCGCGUUUCUGCGCUCCAUGCUCGUAAACAACCAUCGACCGAUUUGCGAUCGUCCACAGGAAGACUGAUGGACUUUGUGUGUAAUGUAACCGCAUGUAAUUAUCACAGCUCCUGAGCACAGUGUUUCUCCUGUCAGGUAAAUCAUCCCAGUCCAAUUUAUGUGUUUAAUUAACAUUGACAGCUCUAGUUUAAACCAACUGGAUUUCAGCCAUGACAAAUUAAAAGUAAUCACCAAACCAUUUUAUACCUGCUUAACUCUCCUCUUGUCACUAUUGAACACUUGCACUGAUUUUGUCGUUAAAUAUUUGAAUGUUUUUGGUCACAGCUUUAUUUUGAUGUUUUUACGCCUUUUAUGCCUUUUACCGAACAGCAAAUAACAUGGAAAUAUAUCUUAGUGCCACAAGUUAAUAUCAGUGUUUAUAGCAAAGAAGGAAGAAAAAAAGAGUGAGGGAGUAGAGAAAGAGGAGCAGAUGAGAUGAACUGUUUAGGGAAGGGAAAGUUUGGGGAUAGUUUCAUUUUAAUGAGUCCACAAAAAAGCAAAUUAAUGCUCAAGGGUCCUGUAUUACACAAAAUGUAUUCUUGAGAGCUUUAAGCCAUGUUAGCAAUGUUUUUACCUCCUAAAAACAUACCCAGGAAUAUGUUUUGUUUCAUUCACAUGUUUUCAGUAAUACUGUAUUAUUGGGAUCUCCAAAGCUCAAAAUGCUCUAGUCCACCUUGUGAUAUCAUGUAGUGGUAGAAGAACAGCCUAAAUAUGCAGGGUUUGCGAGUGAAACGUGUGAAUGAAACAAAACACAGCUCCAGGUAUGUUUGUGAUGAUGAAACAAUAUACAUAAAAAUCGAUUUAAAAAAUAACAUAAUAUGGACCCUUUAAAUGUUUAAAACGUUAUUGCAGUAUUCACAAUCAUGAUGUUUGAAAAUAAAGAGAGAUGAAGGACAGGAGAUAGGAGGCAAGGACAUAGGAAACAGAGGACAAGAGAAGGACUGAACUGUUUUUAUUUCAAUUUCAGGUUUACAAAUGUUAAAUCACCUAAGAAUUUGUGUUUGUAAAAAGCCAAUUGAAUGUUGCUUGUUUUAUUUUCAGGAAUUUGUAUCCAUCCAGUUUAUUUAUUAAAACCUCC